AUGGCGGCCACUCAGACCAUAUUCCCGACGAAUACAAUAAAUGGUAAUUACAUAUCACGCGUCAAACAGCUUGCAAGCGACUCCCAGGUCCCCUGGCCAGAGACAUACUCGCCUAGCACCAACACCAUCGCCAUCGUCAAAGUCACCUUCCGAGACAUCGAGACUAUCUCAACGCUAUCUGCACUUCGGUCAGUUGGUCAACGCGACAAUCAAAAAACAGAUAAAGUCAUCGUCAUCCAAAACAUAACAUCAGACUGGAUCGAGACCAUCGGCACCAAAUACUCCCUCGACCCAGCCUUCUUCGUCGAGCACGCGCGCAACCCCAGCGCAGCAGAGCACUGGACGACUCAAUGGGAGCAUGUCUUUAGCGACGAGAAGACGGUGCAGCCGCAGCCGAGAGAGUGGUAUUGUCUCAAUGGCACAUAUACGUGCCAUGAGCUCAAAGCUUUGACAGAAACCCGCCAUCAGCGACCCAUGUUCUUUCCGCGCGUGCGUACGUAUAGACAGGCGAAGUAUCAUGACAAUCUCGGCUUCCAGGGGAAAGAUGCGGUGCAGGUCCGUACGAGGCUUUCGUAUGUGAGGGCUGAUGCGCAUACAUACAUCAUCUUGAUAGACGACAUCUUGCACAAUGGUGAUCCAGAGGCACAGCUCGGUGCCCUAAGCCGCACGACGUUACGAAUGCCCUACGCCAACAAUCGAGGCGGCGGCAUCGUCGUCCCAUCUCUAUACAGCCAGAGUGAUUUCAGUCUCCUAACAUCCUUCGUCAGCUUUCUAGAGCACGGCUGGCAUCUGGAAGUCCUCUUCGGCCUGACACAGGCAUUGCCCAUCCAACCUUUCUUGUAUCUCCUUGUGAACUCCUUGUGGCAGACAAAUCUCAGCUUCGUGGAUAGGAAGUUGAAGGAGGUGAGCUUUACGGAAAUCCGCUCGCCGGACGAUCAGACGGCACAGAAGUUACAUGAUUUGCGGGAAAGCAUCGCCAAUAUCCGAACGAGAGUGUCGGAGACGCAGCUCCAUAUGUCGUCUAGUCUGGACGCUUACUAUGAUACCUUUGGCAAGAUCAAGAAUCGGCAUUACAAGACAUACCAGUCGCCCUCGGACAAUUUCAGGGAGAUACUGGAAUCGGCGGAUAAACUGGACAGGUUCCUGAUGGAGACUUUUCAGUUACUCAUGAGUACGCUCAGUGUACGUGAUAGUCAGAUCAGUAUUCGGCAGUCGAGACGAGGGAUGCUGCUGACAGUGCUCGCCUUCAUCUACGUGCCGCUGUCAUUUAUCACUGGCAUCUUUGGGAUGAACGUGAAGGAGAUUAAUGGGUCACCGCUUUCGAUUUGGGUGUGUUUUGUGGCUUUGGGUGUGGUCAUUGCUGUGACCGCGCUUGGGUAUAUGUUGUAUCGGUAUCUGUAUAGACAGGGUAUGAUACGGCGGAGGGAGACAUGGGAGAGGAAGGUGAUGAUGCCGGUGUCGGGGCGGGAGAAGCGGCCGGCGGUGUAA